AUAAGUGAACAUGAGUUCGGACUGGGAGGAAAAAAGCACUGUGUCACGAGUUGAAUGUUAAAGUUCAGUUUCUGCUGUUGAAGCAGUUCUGCAUGCAGUGUGUAGUUGGGUGCUUUUAUUUUGAGAGUUAAGGACGGAAGCAGUGGUUGUGCAAAGCGGUGCAGCUGACUAGUAGCGGGAGUAGUCAUUUUGGAGAUGGCGGAACACGACAGCACACAGGAGUCUGUGGAAAUGAUCAUGCAGCCUGAGGGUGAGGAUGGCUCCUCAUCCUCCACCACUGAGGCCUCCUCCGUGUCAGACUCAGAAGUAGGAACAGACCAGCUGGAAUCCAGCUCCGACUCAACCGAGGACUCAUCUGAAGAGGAGGGCGGAGAGGAGGAGGAGGAGGAUGAAGCAGCGGCGGGAUGGACUUCAAAAAAUGGGAAAAUAGUGUGGUCUCCCACAAACGCUGAGACGUACCGCUACGUCCCAGCAGCCACAGGUUUGGUCCCGGGACCUACACGCUAUGCCACCGCCCGCAUCACUGACCCGAUGUCCAGCUUCGCGCUGCUGCUGACGGAUGACAUCCUGCAGCACAUCGUGGACAUGACAAACCUGCAGGGGAGACGCUCCACCGCAGCCUGGCGAGAUGUGGACAAAGAUGAGCUGCAGGCUUACGUGGGGCUGCUCAUUCUGGCCGGUGUGUACAGGUCCAAAGACGAAUCAACCCUCAGCCUCUGGGGCGAGAAGUCAGGACGCGGCAUUUUCCGCGCCACGAUGUCCCACAAGAGGUUUCACCUCAUCAGCCGGACACUGGUAUUCGACGACAAGCAAUCCGGACCCCGACGCCGCGAUGACAGGAUGGCUCCCUUCCGCAAAGUCUGGGACAUGUGGACGCGCUGCCUGCCCAUGCUGUUCAACCCGGACAGGGACAUCUGCGUGGACGAGCAGCUCGUCCCAUUCAGAGGCAGGUGCAGCUUCAGGCAGCACAUGCCCAAAAAGCCGGCUAAAUAUGGCAUAAAGAUCUGGGCAAACUGUGAUGUCAAGACGUCCUACGCCUGGAGACUGCAGGUAUACACAGGCAAAGCGGCUGGCACUCCUGGUGAGGUCAACCAGGGGAUGAGGGUGGUCCUGGACAUGACAGAGGGGCUCAAGGGACACACCGUCACCUGUGAUAAUUUCUUCACCUCCUGCGCACUGGCAGAUGAGCUGCUCAAGAGGAAACUGGCCCUGGUUGGCACGAUUCGCCACAACAAGCCCGAGCUUCCCCCUCAUCUGCUCCAGGUGAAAACAAGAGCGGUGUUCUCCUCCACCUUUGCUUUUACGCACACACACACACUGGUCUCCUACAUCCCCCGACGGGGCAAGAAUGUGCUGCUGCUCAGCACGAAACACCGCAAGGCAGACAUAAGCAACGAAACGAAGAGAAAGCCCAUCAUAAUCCAAGAUUACAACGGAUGCAAAGGAGGUGUCGACAACCUGGAUAAGGUUGUUGGCACCUACUCCUGCAGGAGGAGAACAAACCGGUGGCCACUAGCCCUCUUCCACAACGUGAUCGACAUUUCACUUUACAAUGCCUUCGUCCUGUGGACAUCGAUCGAGCCAUCCUGGCAGUGUAAGAAAUCACACAGGAGGAGGCUCUUCAAUGAAGAGGUGGGAGAAAUGCUGGUGACCCCACAAAUCAAGAAGAGAGGGCACCUUCCCCGCUCAUUAAGUGCCGCAGGAAUAGUCGCAAAUCUGCAGGGUCUGACCACAGGCCCCGCUGUCAUCAUUAAAUGUAAAGGCAGGAAGCAGUGCGACUUUUGCACCGUCAAAAAGAGAAAAGUUGGCACCAAGUGUUGCCAAUGUGGGAUGUUUAUAUGCAAGGACCACAGUCAGUCCAUCUGCGGCCCCUGCUCCGGCUGAGCUGGACUCUCACACCCAGACACAUACCGACACUCUUUCUCUUUCUCUUUCUCUUUCAUGCUCAUUUUUACAGCAGCUUUUGGGAAGCUGACAUUUUCUAUUGUUAGGACCUCGAGUGUGUGUUUUUUUUGUUGUUGUUGUUUUUUUAAGUCUGACACUGCAAAUAAAAUAAUUGUGCAUCAAAAUCAGUGUUGCUGCCUAUCAUUGACCUAUCUCAGGCCCUAAUAAUGAUAAUCAAAUGCCUCCUGAAAUAUAUUUUAUAGAAAAAAAAAUUCCAUUUAAAAAAAAGUGGAGCUUUGUAAA